GCGCAAGGGCCUUGCGCCGCUGCUAUUCGCGCAGGAGCGUAUUGAUGACGCAUCCAAAGACAGGAAGUGGUUCCUACGGAAGCUGUUAAAGUCCAAAAACGUUUCAGUUUGGAGUCGUUUGCUGCCUGGAGGGAAUGAAUGGGCGCUAGGAGCACUCCUGCGCGGGGCUGAUGUGCUAGCACUAUCGAGAGCCUCAGCGUGUGAGCGGCCGGGGUCGCGCCGCCUUCCCGCAGCAUGGAGGAUGACGCGCCGGUCAUCUACGGGCUGGAGUUCCAGGCUCGUGCUCUAACACCUCAAACUGCAGAAACAGAUGCCAUUCGCUUUUUGGUUGGGACGCAGUCUCUUAAAUAUGAUAAUCAGAUCCACAUCAUAGAUUUUGAUGAUGAAAAUAACAUUAUAAAUAAAAACGUCCUCCUCCAUCAAGUGGGUGAAAUCUGGCACAUCAGCACCAGUCCCGCGGACAAAGGCGUGCUGGCAACCUGCUACAGCAGAACUUCAGACAGUAAAGUCCUGACAUGUGCAGCCGUGUGGAGGAUGCCGAAGGAAUUGGAAUCAGGCAGCCACGAGUCCCCUGAUGAUUCAUCGAGCACGGCGCAGACACUGGAGCUGCUCUGUCACCUUGACAACACAGCCCAUGGCAACAUGGCCUGUGUCACUUGGGAGCCAAUGGGAGAUGGCAAGAAGGUCAUUUCGCUGGCUGACAACCACAUCCUGCUGUGGGACCUACAGGAGAGCUCAAGCCAGGCUGUGCUGGCCAGUUCAGCGUCCCUGGAAGGGAAGGGACAACUGAAGUUCACUUCAGGACGGUGGAGCCCACAUCACAACUGCACGCAGGUGGCCACGGCAAACGACACCACCCUCCGCGGAUGGGACACUCGGAGCAUGAGCCAGAUCUACUGUGUGGAGAACGCCCAUGGCCAGCUGGUGCGGGACCUCGACUUCAACCCCAACAAGCAGUACUACUUGGCCAGCUGUGGGGACGACUGCAAGGUGAAGUUCUGGGACACCCGGAAUGUCAGCGAGCCUGUGAAGACCCUGGAGGAGCAUUCCCACUGGGUGUGGAAUGUCCGCUACAACCACUCGCACGACCAGCUGGUCCUCACCGGCAGCAGUGACAGCAGGGUCAUCCUCUCCAACAUGGUGUCCAUCUCCUCGGAGCCCUUUGGCCACUUGGUGGAUGACGACGACAUCAGUGACCAGGAGGACCACCAACCGGAGGACAAGAGCAAGGAGCCACUGCAGGACAGUGUCAUCGCCACCUACGAGGAGCAUGAGGAUAGCGUGUAUGCCGUGGAGUGGUCGUCCGCUGACCCGUGGCUCUUUGCCUCCCUGAGCUACGACGGGAGGCUGGUCAUCAACCGGGUGCCGCGGGCUCUGAAGUACCACAUCCUGCUGUAGGACGGGGCCUCCCCUCCCUCACCCUCUGGGCAGGGGCCAUAAAGUCUGCAGGUUUGGGGAGGUAGUUAGUUUUCCAAAUAGAUCCCCUCUGGGAAGACCAACACUGCCUUCUGACACCAGCGUUAAUGAGUGACGGCGGAGCUGCCUCAGCUGACUCUGCCAUGGAUACCAGACAAGUCCCCUCCUCGAAGGUGGAGCCCCGACCUGGCUGGGUGAAGCAAGGCCCCCCGACCACUCAGGUUUCUCUCUUCUAUUAUAGUGUAUUGGGAGUUUCAUUUUCAAAAACGGUUCUGAUCCCACAAGAUUAACUCCUCUUUCCCUUGAGGUUAAAAUAAAAUAAGUCCACGCCA